GCCACAUUUCGCUCGAGCUAGAUUUUUCUGGGUGGGCGAGAGUCUUGUCUCCUCGAUGACUUGUUCGCUUGCAUUCCAUCUUUAAUUGGCCCUUAUUCGACAUCACAUUCUGAGGGUGAACUGCUGUACUUGAGCGCUGCGGCGGGGGGGCCAGCGGCUGUGUGGCAAUGGAGAAACAAUCCACCCAGGUUUGUCCUGCACAGGACCUCGAUGUCGAAGCAAGGACACAGCCCGUCGAUUUUCCAAAGGUCGAACCGACAACAUCAAUCGGAGCAUCACUCGCCCAAACCGAAUCCGACCCCUAUGGCUGUCGCCCGGCGUGUUUCAGCAGUCUCUUCCAAGAAUGCCUCUUUGUUCUUACCACGACAAUCGCUGUGGGACAGAGUUCGAUCUUCACCGGGGCAAUCCUCUGCAUGACCAACUAUAUCGGCAAAGAUCUGAAUAUGACAGCAGCUGAAGUGACCUGGAUCAGUGCUGCCCAGACCCUCGCAGCAGGCACAUUCUUGCUCUUCUUCGGCCGGGUGGCGGAUUUGUUUGGCAGAAGACUGCUCUUCCUUUGUAGCCUGGCCUUUUUCAGCAUUUGCCUGCUCAUCACGGGCUUUGCCACCAAUGCCUACUUUUUGGAUAUCUUCUGUGGUCUCCUGGGCCUCAGUUCGGCAGCUUCCGUUCCCCCAGCCAUUGGCAAGCUCGGCGCGGUUUAUGACAGACCGAGUCGACGGAAGAACAGAGCCUUCGCCUGCUUUUCCGGAGGCAAUCCGGUCGGUUUCGUGCUUGGGGCAUUUAUCAGUGGCGUGACCAUGCAAGUUGCCAGCUGGAGAGCAGCAUUCUGGGUCAUGGCGGUGAUCUAUGCUUUCUUCUUCUUUGCGGCCCUGUGGACCACUCCACCGGAUACCGAACAGACACUUGGAGGACUCAACAUGGACACCUUUGUGAAAUUCGACCUUCUGGGAGCCCUUCUCGCCGUGGGUGGCAUUGCCAUGUUUACCGCCUCCCUGACUCUGGCGGGCGACGCUCCACGGGGAUGGGGGACGCCAUACGUGAUUGCCUUGUUAGUGGUUGGGCUUGUCCUGGUCGCUGGCUUCAUCUAUUGGCAAAGUGUAUUCCGGUAUCCACUCAUGCCGUUGAGAGUCUGGAAAGAUCGAAACUUCACCCUGGUGGUGACGGUGCUCUGCCUUGGGUUUUAUGGCUUUGCGGGGAAUCUGUUUUGGUUGACGCUACUCUGGCAAAGGAUCAACCAGCUGUCGCCGCUGAUGGUCGCUGUCCAUCUCCUCCCAGCGGGGAUCGGAGGAAUUCUGGUCAACGUGCUGGCAGCAAUGAUUAUGCACCGAGUUUCAAACCGGGUGAUCAUGAUCAUCGGGGCUGUGAGUGCCGUGAUCGCUUCUGCCCUUUUCAGUGCGAUAUAUACCUCGAUAUCGUUCUGGGCUCUUGCGUUUCCAGCUCUAUUAUUCAGCGUGCUGUCCCAGGACCUGGAGUUCACGGUCACCAAUAUGUACGUCAUGUCGUCUCUUCCCAGUGAGCAGCAGUCGGUGGCAGGAGGCCUGUUCAACACGGUAACCCGGCUUGUUGCAACGGUUGGGCUGGGCAUCCAAACGAGCAUUUACAACACCGCCGGAGGGGCCGCACAAGGGGUCGGGGCUGUCAGAUAUCGGCCGUAUCAAGCCACGUUUUGGGUGUCUCUGGCGGGCGCGGUUGUGGCAGUAUUUCUGGUGCCUUUCUUAACCAUCGGGCGUCAAGGAGGGCGAAAAAAGCAUGUUAAUCGGGGACAUCAGGAUUAAAUGGUGUCGAGCAGGUAUACAACACCGAUAGAGAGACACAAGAAUUUGCUUCGGGCGUCGACCAAUUGAAUUCAUAUUUGGAUAGUCCUCAUCGGGUGCGCAACACUUAGUCGGAGGAUCACAUCGGUGCUGGCCGUAGGCAAGG